CCCCCGAGUCACCGACUCAGUCCCCCAACUCGGUCGCUCCCGGCCGGUUCCCUUCCGUCUCCGGUGACGCCGAGUCGAGCUCGGUCGCCCGCCCGCCCGCCCACGGCGACGCCGGGUCCCUCCUAUGUUAGUGUAUUUGAGUUGCAUGUGGUGGAUUUUCCAUGGAAACAGUGGCCGGAGCUGAAGGGGUUGAUGAAACCCUGUUCGAGGAUCGUGGGGUUGGGAAGACCUCCCCCUCAACUUCACCCACGAAGCACGUUUCAGACCCAGUUGUCUAUAAGCUCGUCCGGGUGGAAGGUGAUGGGACACUAGUGCCUGCAACAGAUGAUGAAUUCAUGGAGGUUGUGGAUCUGAUCAACGAUAACCCCAAUAAAAUGCAUAUUGUUGAAGAGCCUGGGCAGGCCGUGGGAAUUUCCAUGGAGGAUUCUUCCUCUGGCAAAUCUCUGUCGGAGCUAUCAGGUUUUUCCAAGUUUGAGGAUGUGUAUGCUGAUGCAGAGAAUUUGGAAUCAUCAAUUCAGGAAACUGCUGCUCCUGUAGCUCCAAGUUCGGACAUGGAUCAGAUGAAACAAUCUUUAGAUGCUGCAGAAUGCUCAAAAUCUCCUGAUCAAAUAAGAGAAAGUGAGUCGUCAUGUGCUGCUACCAGCUUGCUGCCUGAUUUUUCGAAAUUAAAGGGAGAAAUCUGCCUAGAUAAUCUAUCUAUCAGAGAACUACAUGAUACUUUUAGAGCUACCUUUGGGCGAGUGACUACUGCCAAAGACAAGACGUGGCUAAAAAGAAGAAUUGCCAUGGGAUUGACCAACUCUUGUGAUGUUCCAAGUACAAGUUUUGUCAUAAAAGAGAACCAAAUUCUGAAACUUGGCGAAGAAGAGAACUCCAACAAUGUUAAUUGUGCUGUCGAGACUGAUCAGGAUGUUGUGGCAAUAAAUGACCAACACACAGACUCGGACAAUUCUCAGAAAAAGCAGUUGGAAGAUUGUCAAAUAAUUUCUGGUAAGAGAUUAAGAAACUAUGGGCCUAUUGAGGAUUCUCAGCCAGAAGUUCUAAGUCGUGAGCAGAAAUCUGUCAAGAGAUUACGGAAGCCUACAAGGAGGUAUAUUGAAGAAGUUUCUGAAGUUGAACAUCAUGAGCCUACUGGGAGGUCGGUAAUUCCAGCUAAAAGCUGUGGAUGGGAUUCUCCAAAAUCUGGUGAUAGACCUGCCAAAAAUGUCUCUCCUGAUAGGAGAACUUAUGUCACAAGGCUGGAUUCUGUUGCCGGUCUACGGGUCCCAUGCAUUUCUCGGAUCAGAAGAAGCCGUCCCCGUAAAGAUAUUAUGGCUCUCGUGGGACUUUAUCAUAGUAGUGGGGGCAUGUCUGGGAAAUUGGUGAGCAAGACCUCUCGAACGAGUUCUGAUCCUAAAAAGAUACAGCACCAAGGUAUUGAGUUGGUGGAGAAGGAUAACCAAUGCAUGACCAUUGAGAGAGUUGAGCCUGAGCAGAAUCUAGAGGCGAAGCACGGAGAUUCAUCGGGUGAUGCAUCGAAAGACAAUAUAGUUACUGUGCCAACAGCAAAAGGUGGAAUAAGAAGGAAACAUCAUCGAGCUUGGACUAUUGCAGAAGUGAUGAGACUAGUAGAAGGCGUUUCAAGGUAUGGAGCUGGGAGAUGGUCUGAGAUCAAACGGCUUGCUUUUGCAUCCUAUUCAUACCGCACCUCUGUAGAUCUUAAGGACAAAUGGAGAAACUUGCUGAAGGCUAGCUUUGCACCAGCACCUACAGAUAAAGGGAUGAAUCCAAGGAAGCACGUGUCAGCACCGAUUCCAGCUGCGAUCUUGUUGCGGGUCAGAGAACUAGCCGAGCUGCAUGCUCAGGCUUCACCAAAUCUGAGCACGAGCAAAUUAGUGGGUUGUGGUGGAAGUGUAAAUGGGACCAGAUCAGGUUACUUGUAGCUGUAAAUAAGCAGAUUUAGUUUGUCUAACUUUGAAUAAAAACCACGCCCCAAAGUAACCGAAGUUCUCAGACUUUGAGCCGGCGCACUCAGAUGGAUCACCAGAUGUAAGUAUGUAACUGUUGGUCUCUCCUGAUUUAGAUGAGCAAUCAAGCUUCAGCCGGUGGGUCAAACGUCGAGUUUGACGUGGGGUUUCGUCGGCUGUUAAGGUAUCGACGCAUGUGAUCAUAGGAACAUUUCAGCUGCGGAGCUACAUAAGCAUGUAAAUCUGUAUUCUGUAUGAAGAUGGGAGCCAAAAUACUAGGGCUAGGCUUGAGAGACUUGAGACCUAGGCUUUUACCUUUUAUUUUGUUGUGGCCUAGUAUGGCAUUAGCUAAUAGUCUCUGACUGUUAUGGUCACUUCUCUUCUCGGCGACCCAAAUUAACGAGCUUAAUUCUGCAAGAGCGUCCUUGAUGAUC